GGCCACAGAGCCGCCAUGCCGGAACCUCACGGGUCGUCGCUGCUGCGGGUGAACGCGGCGUUUGCCGCGCGGUACAACCGCUACCGGGAGCGCGAGGAACUGCAGCGGCUGAAGGAUCGCUACGGGGACCGGGACAGCGGCGGCGACUCUAGCUCCGAGUCGGACUCCAGUGACGAGCGCGUGGUAUUUGACCCCCAGCAGGAGCGGGACUUUUACAGAACGCUCUCCUUGUUGAAGAAGAAGGACCCCCGCAUUUAUCAGAAAGAUGCCACCUUCUAUCAAAGAACAGCAUCGUCAUCAGACAGCGAGGAGGAGCCAGCAGCUUCGGAGAAGCAGAAAAAAGUACAGCCCAUGUACCUGAAGGACUACGAGAGGAAGGUCAUCCUGGAGAAGGAAGGCAAAUAUGUUGACGAGGAGAACUCAGAUGGGGAAACUUCCAAUCACAGACUCCAGGUGUGUGGGGUGGAGACUGGGUCCCGGGGGGGUGCCGGGCCCGGGGCUGGCCUGAGACCCACAGCCCUCUCUCCUUUGCAGCGGACCUCAUCACAAAGUUAUGUGGAGGAACAGAAACAGCUCAAAGAAAGCUUCCGGGCAUUUGUGGAGGACAGUGAGGACGAGGACAGUGCUGGGGAGGGCGGCUCUAGUUUGCUGCAGAAACGUGCCAAAACCAGGCAGGAGAAGGCCCAGGAGGAGGCCGACUACAUUGAGUGGCUGAAGGGACAGAAAGAGAUUCGGAACCCAGAGUCCCUGAAGGAACUGACCCAUCUCAAGGAAUACUGGAACAACCCUGAGUUGGAUGAAGGGGAGCAGUUUCUGCGGGAUUACAUCCUCAACAAACGCUACGAGGAGGAGGAAGAUGAGGAGGAGGAUGAGGAGGAAGAUGAAGGGGUCCCGGGUCCCCCAGUCCAGCUGGCUGUGGAUGACUCCUCAGACGAUGGGGAGCUGUUUCUUAAGAAGCAGGAAGACUUCGAACACAAGUACAACUUCCGUUUUGAGGAGCCGGACUCGGCAUCGGUCAAGACCUACCCACGCAGCAUUGCGUCCUCUGUGCGCCGUAAGGAUGAGCGCAGGAAGGAGAAGAGGGAAGAGACUCGGGAGCGCAAGAAGAGGGAGAAAGCAAAGAAGCAGGAAGAGCUCAAGCAGCUGAAGAACCUGAAGAGGAAGGAGAUUCUGGCCAAGCUGGAGAAGCUGCGGAAAGUCACGGGCAAUGAGACGCUGGGGCUCGAGGAGAGGGACCUUGAGGACGACUUCGACCCAGCCCAGCAUGACCAGCUCAUGGAGAAGUGCUUCGGGGACGAGUACUACGGGGCGGUGGAGGAGGAGAAGCCGCAAUUUGAGGAAGAGGAAGGGCUUGAAGAUGACUGGAACUGGGACACGUGGGAUGGGUCUGAGCAGGAUGGAGACUGGAGCCAGCAUUGUGAGGACCCCGACUUCAACAUGGAUGCCGACUACGACCCCAGCCAGCCGAGGAAGAAAAAGCACGAGGCCCCCUUGACAAGCAAGAAGAAGCGCAAGUCACCCUUCGCUGCAGCCGUGGGGCAGGUGAAGCCCGUGUUCGAACCUGGGGACAAGACAUUCGAGGAGUACUUGGAUGAGUAUUACCGGCUGGACUACGAGGACAUCAUCGACGACCUGCCCUGUCGCUUCAAGUACCGCACCGUGGUGCCCUGCGACUUUGGCCUCAGCACUGAGGAGAUCCUCGCUGCUGAUGAUAAGGAGCUCAACCGGUGGUGCUCUCUGAAGAAGACCUGCAUGUACAGGUCGGAGCAGGAGGAGCUUCGGGACAAGCGGGCAUACAGCCAGAAGGCCCAGAACUCAUGGAAAAAGCAGCAGAUCUUCAAGUCACUCUGCAGGGAGGAGACAGAGACGCCCGCGGAAGCCACAGGGAAGCCACAGAGAGAUGAAGCUGGCCCACAGAAGCAGCUGCCAGCGCUUGAUGGGGCUGGUGGGAAGCAGCCCCAGCCAGAGAGUCUCCCAGCACAGGAAGAGGAGGCCCCUGUGUUACCCCCAGAGAAGCUAGCCCUGCAGAGGCGGAGGAGGGCCAAGAAGGCACGGCUGCUGGGCCCCACUGUGAUGCUUGGUGGACGCGAGUUCAGCCGCAAGAGACUGCAGGCCUUUGGCCUCAACCCCAAACGGCUGCACUUCCGCCAGCUGGGCCGGCAGCGGAGGAAACAGCAGGGGCCCAAGAGCAGCUCCUGAGCCCCAGGGAGCAGGCAGGGGUCUCUGGCUCCUCCCCUCCAGUCAAGCCCUGGACAGGUCUCACACCCACAAGUACUGUCUGUUAUAGAGAACCUCACAUCUCUGACCAGGCACGCAGCUCAUGCCUAUAAUC